AUGUACCAGUGGAGGAAAUUCGAGUUCUUCGAGAAGAAAUUGGCGGGAAAGUGCUCGAUUCCCGAGGAAGUGAGCGGACGGAUCGAGUGUUGCUCGAGCGGCAGAGGGAAGGUGGUGAUCGGUUGCGACGACGGCACCGUGAGCUUCCUCGACCGCGGCCUCAACUUCAGUUAUGGCUUUCAAGCUCACUCCUCCUCCGUACUCUUCCUUCAGCAGCUCAAGCAACGCAACUAUUUGGUGACAAUCGGAGAAGAUGAACAAAUUACUCCGCAGCAAUCGGCAAUGUGCCUUAAGGUUUUCGACCUGGAUAGAAUGCAGUCGGAGGGCACGAGCUCGAGCUCAACGAGCCCUGAUUGCAUUGGGAUCUUGAGGAUAUUCACCAACCAAUUUCCUGAAGCAAAGAUUACGUCGUUUCUAGUACUAGAGGAAGCACCUCCAAUACUGCUUAUAGCUAUUGGCUUAGAUAAUGGUUGCAUUUACUGCAUUAAAGGGGAUAUUGCGCGAGAACGUAUCACCAGGUUCAAGCUUGAGGUUGAUAAUCUCUCUGACAAGAGCUUGUCCUCGGUGACAGGACUGGGGUUCAGAGUAGAUGGUCAGGCCCUUCAGUUGUUUGCCGUGACUCCAUCUUCUGUGAGCUUGUUCAUCUUGCAGAAUAAAACUUCAAGGGGGCAAACCCUAGAUCAGAUUGGAAGUAAUGCCAACAGUGUUGCCAUGAGUGAUCGCUCGGAGUUGAUAAUUGGUCGACCUGAGGCUGUGUAUUUUUAUGAAGUUGAUGGGCGAGGCCCUUGUUGGGCUUUUGAAGGACAAAAGAAAUUUUUGGGGUGGUUUCGUGGAUACCUUCUGUGUGUUAUUGCAGAUCAAAGAAAUGGCUACGAUACUUUCAACAUUUACGACCUGAAGAACCGUCUAAUUGCCCACAGCCUAGUGGUUAAAGAGGUUUCUCACAUGCUUUGUGAAUGGGGUAACAUAAUACUUAUAAUGGCUGACAAGUCAGCUUUGUGCAUCGGGGAGAAGGAUAUGGAGAGCAAGUUAGAUAUGCUCUUUAAGAAGAAUCUUUAUACUGUUGCCAUCAACCUUGUUCAGAGUCAGCAAGCGGAUGCUGCCGCAACUGCGGAAGUGCUAAGAAAGUAUGGGGAUCAUUUGUAUAGCAAGCAAGAUUAUGAUGAGGCAAUGGCUCAGUACAUCCAUACCAUUGGUCACCUUGAGCCUUCUUAUGUGAUACAGAAGUUUCUAGAUGCACAAAGAAUCUACAACCUUACAAAUUACUUGGAAAAAUUGCAUGAGAAGGGGCUUGCUUCUAAAGAUCAUACCACUCUUCUACUGAAUUGCUACACCAAAUUGAAAGAUGUUGACAAGCUGAAUGUGUUCAUUAAAAGCGAGGAUGGUGUUGGAGAACAUAAGUUUGAUGUGGAGACUGCAAUAAGAGUCUGCCGUGCGACCAACUACCAUGAGCAUGCAAUGUAUGUUGCUAAAAAGGCAGGGAAGCACGAAUGGUACUUAAAGAUCUUACUUGAAGACCUUGGCCGAUAUGAGGAAGCCUUGCAAUAUAUUUCAAGCCUUGAACCAAGCCAAGCUGGAGUGACAGUGAAAGAGUAUGGUAAGAUUCUCGUAGAGCACAAGCCUGUGGAGACAAUUGAGAUACUUAUGAGGCUGUGCACUGAAGAUGGAGAAUCAGGCAAGAGAGGAGCCGCUAAUGUUGCAUACUUAAAUAUGUUGCCAUCUCCUGUUGAUUUUCUUAACAUCUUCAUCCAUCAUCUGCCGUCGCUUAUGGAUUUUCUUGAAAAGUAUACUAACAAGGUGAAGGACUCUCCUGCUCAAGUAGAAAUCCAUAACACACUCUUGGAGUUGUACUUGUCCAAUGACUUGAGCUUCUCAUCAAUAUCACAAGCUAGCAAUGGUGAAGAUCUAAAUCUCAGGGCUAGAUCAGGUGCAACUGCAACGUCAAGAUCAGGGUCCAAUGGGAAAUUUAUUGCUGAUGGCAAAGAUUCAAAUAAGGAAAAGGACCGUCUGGAAAAGCAAGAGAAAGGGCUACGACUGCUUAAGAGUGCAUGGCCAUCUGAGCUGGAACAUCCACUUUAUGAUGUUGAUCUUGCCAUAAUCCUUUGUGAAAUGAAUGAAUUUAAGGAAGGCCUUCUCUAUCUAUAUGAAAAAAUGAAACUCUAUAAAGAGGUGAUUGCUUGCUACAUGCAAGCUCAUGAUCAUGAGGGUUUGAUUGCAUGCUGCAAACGACUAGGGGAUUCAGGUAAGGGUGGGGACCCAACUCUGUGGGCAGAUCUGCUAAAAUAUUUUGGUGAACUUGGAGAAGAUUGCUCCAAGGAAGUGAAGGAAGUUUUGACAUAUAUAGAAAGGGAUGACAUCUUGCCUCCUAUUAUUGUUCUUCAAACACUGUCCAGAAAUCCAUGUCUCACACUCUCUGUCAUUAAGGAUUACAUUGCUCGAAAGCUAGAACAAGAAUCAAAGUUGAUCGAAGAGGACCGUCGAGCUAUUGAGAAGUAUCAGGAAACCACGUCAGCAAUGAGAAAAGAAAUUCAGGAUCUUAGGACAAAUGCUAGAAUUUUUCAACUCAGCAAGUGCACUGCAUGUACUUUCACUCUUGAUCUCCCAGCUGUGCAUUUUAUGUGUAUCCACUCAUUCCAUCAGCGAUGCCUCGGCGAUAAUGAGAAAGAAUGUCCUGUAUGUGCUCCGGAAUACAAAUCUGUGCUAGAAACGAAAAGAAGUUUAGAGCAGAACUCCAAAGAUCAGGAUCGAUUCUUCCAGCAAGUUAAAAGUUCGAAGGAUGGUUUUUCUGUGAUCGCUGAGUAUUUUGGGAAGGGGGUCAUUAGCAAAACCAGUAGUGGACCCACAGGUGGUUCUUGA